UUCCGUAAAACAUGUUUUGAAAAGCUUUUAACUAUCAAACUUCACAUAGUAAUGGAUUUCAGAGGCAAGAACAUACAUUUUUAAUACCUCACAAUAUUUGGGUGAAGGUCUACACUGUACAAAGAGAUGGAUCUUCUUCACAGCUGGGGAGUGGAGCUGGCCGUCCACCUACAGAUCGAAUACCAGGAUUAUGAGAGUGUGUUUCACUGGGUCUCCUCUCUGGCUGAUCUACACACCACUUUCUUUGUGUUUUUCCCCAUCUGGUUUCAUCUGCACCGAGAUGUGGCUGUUAAACUCAUUUGGGUGGCCGUGGUUGGAGACUGGCUGAACCUCGUCCUAAAGUGGGUGCUGUUUGGUGAGAGACCGUACUGGUGGGUGCAUGAAACUAAGUUUUAUGGCCCAAUAAAACAUCCCGAACUGCAACAGUUCUCCAUGACAUGUGAAACUGGACCAGGCAGCCCGUCGGGUCAUGCCAUGGGCUCUGCUGCUGUUGGAUAUGUGAUGGUCACAGCAUUGCUUUCAAUCGUCGCUGAAAGAAAAACACCUCCUUUAUGUUACAAACUUGUACAGUUGAUGCUGUGGGUGUUUCUGGGUUUGGUGGAGCUGCUGGUUUGCAUGUCUAGAGUUUAUCUGGCCGCUCAUUUUCCACACCAAGUGAUCUGCGGAGUUAUUUCAGGUAUAAUUGUAGCAGAGACAUUCUCCAGAGUGCAGUGGAUCUAUAGUGCAAAUCUGAAAAAGUACUUCAUUAUUACGCUGUUCCUGCUGUCAUUCGCUGUGGGCUUUUAUGUGCUCCUGAAGGCUCUUGGUGUGGAUCUGCUCUGGACUCUUGAGAAAGCCCAGAAAUGGUGCAUAAAUCCAGCCUGGGUCUUAAUGGACACAACGCCGUUCGCCAGCCUGCUGAGGAACAUGGGCACCCUGUUCGGUCUGGGCCUCGGCCUUUAUUUGUCUCACUACACUCUAGGAAGAAGUAAGAAACACGCUAGCAUUUGUUUCAGGGCUGGAUGUAUUGGUGUAUCACUGGUGUUACUGCAGCUUCUGGAUAAAAUGGCGUUUUCCUCCAGCAACCAGUUAUUUUAUCUUCUGUCGUUCUGCAAAAGCGCCGUAGCUUUGCUGCUUUCCACUGCACUUGUUCCUGGAGCCAUGUACUGGCUUACACAAAAAAGCAAGCAUGAGAAGGACAUGUAGUGGACAUGUAGUGGACCUUUUUUUCAACUUGCAAUUCAAAACAAAUUUAAUGUCAAAUUCAAUGAUUGAAGCUAACUAAAAUACCUCAUGUACAGAACAGGUGGCUACAAAAUGUCAUUUAAGCUCUAAUUAUAGUUACUCAAAUAUUCUCUUUUUUAUUUGAAAACAAAUCUUUUAGAAACUGUUUAAUACACUCACUGCUUUAAAAAAAUGUACUCUAUAUUUUUGACCUGAUUUACCCACUUUCAUCAGAACAAAAGGCCUGAAAUUUUGCAUAUUUCCAAAAACAAACCUAAUGUAUACAUACAAUUAAGAUUAAAUUUUGAUAAACUUUUGAUAACUCGCAAUGAGUCAGUUACAGCGCUGUAGAGGAAUUUGGGACUACUCGUUUUUGCAGAAUUGUGGUAAUUCAGCCACAUGAACCGCCUUUUUAAGGUCAUGCCACUGCAUCUUAGUUACAUUUAGGUCAGGACUUUCACUAGGCCACUUCAAAGUCUUCAUUUUGGUUUUCUUCAGCGAUUCAGAAGUGGACUUGCUGGUGUGCUUUGGAUUAUAGUCCUGCUACAGAAACCAAGGUCUCUUUAGCUUGAUUGAGUUUAUUUAUGACAUGAUUUGUUUACCCAGUUUCAUCAGGACAAAAUGGCUGAAAUUUUGCAUAUUUACAAAAACAAACAUAAUGUAUACAUACAAUUAAGAUUGAAUUUUGAUAAACCAUCGAUAACUCUCAAUGAAUCAGUUAUAGUGCUGUGGAGGAAUUUGGGACUACUCGUUUUUGCAGAAUUGUGGUAAUUCAGCCACAUGAACUGCCUUUUUAAGGUCAUUGCACUGCAUCUCAAUUGCAUUUAGGUCAGGACUUUGACUAGGCCACUCCAAAGUCUUCAUUUUGGUUUUCUUCAGCGAUUCAGAAGUUGCUGGUGUGCAUUAAAUUUUGAUUACAUUUUGAUGCAUUUCAGCAUUUUUGAUAACUUGCAAUGAGUCUGUUACAGCGCUGUAGGGGAAUUUUGGACCGCUCAUCUUUACAAAAUUGUUGUUAGUCAGCCACAUUGUAGGCUUUUCAAGCAUGAAUCGCCUUUGUAAGGUCAUGCAUCUCAAUUGCAUUCAGGUCAGGACUUUGACUUGGCCACUCCAAAGUGUUCAUUUUGGCUUCCUCCGCCAUUCAUAAGUGGACUUUCUGGUGUGCUUUGGAUCAUUGACCUGUUGCAGAACGCAAGUUUGCCCAAGCAUGAUUCAGCUUAUUUUUGAUGUAAUUUAUCUACCCAAGUUUAUCAGAACUAAAUGGAUCAAAUUUAGCAGAUUUCCAAAACAAACCUAAUGUAUACUUACAUUUAAGAUUAAAUUUAUGAAGAUGGUAUAGAUGACAAUAACUGGUUGAGCCACCCUUGGCAGCAACUGCUGCAAUCAAUAAUUUUUGAUAACUUGCAAUGAGUCAGUUACAGCGAAUUUUGGACCACUCAUCUUUGCAGAAUUGUUGUAAUUCAGCCACAUUGGAGGAAUUUUGAGCAUGAGUCACCUUUUUAAGGUCAUGCAUCUCAAUUGCAUUCAGGUCAGGACUUUGACUAGGCCACUCCAAAGUCUUCUACAAUUCUACAAAAUGGCACAUUUGAUGUCAAAAAUUUUGUCUAAAUACAUAUUUACUCAGAUUAUUAGUCAAAUCUAAGCAAUAAAAGUAUAGAGCAUGAAAUAAAUUUUACCAAUGCAAAUAUGUAAAGAAUGAUUUGAAUUUGAAUGGCUUAAAUGCAUCCCAUGGAUGCUUUUUAAACCCAAUGCAUCACAUCAUUUUAAUAUUUUACAAUUGCACCAAGUGAUCUUCCCAUCCCUUAUACAUAACAUUAUACAUAACAUAAUUUAUAUAUAUAACAUAAUAAUAUCAUAAACUCAACUGAACGAAUGCAUUAUGAUGAGACUCGCCUGAACUGUUUUCAGAAACUCUCUAUGACUAAUUUAUGAAUCUAUAAUUAUCUUAACUGAGCUUUUCCUAGAAAAUAUGUGCCGUCGUCUUCAUAUUAUGGCAGAUCUUAUUAUCUGUGAAUGGUUUUAAAGGAGCCUGGUUCAUUCACUGAGUAACUGCUGUUCACAUCUGAUGAUCAAAGGUCUUUCAGUCAUGCACUGUACGACUGUGAUAUGCACUGUAACUGUACAGCAGUCACUUAUAUCACCAGUUUGCUUAUAUAAUGAUUAGGAUACUUCCAGCUAUACAUUAACUGCCUAUUAAAACCGGCGUUAUAUAAGCAAAAAAGCUGAUUCUACAAAUCAGAUAAACAUUUGAAAAAAAUGUGAAAAAAUAAAUACAUAUAUUUUUUUUAAAUCACCAAAAGAUAAUUAAGAUAAUAAUAUAUAGAUAAUAUUAUUAAAAAUUAAGACAGUACACACUAUAUAUUUUUUACAAUAGUACAGUACGUACAUUUUUAACAGAAUUUAUUAUUAUUUAAUGUCUGCUAAUAAAAUUACACGUGUUUGGCGUUAGCUCAGGUCUGUUAAACUACAUUAACAGAGAAAACUUUUAAUUUUAAACAUCAAUAUAAAUAAUGAAUAAAUAAAUAUGAUGAUAAAAAUGAUGUCCCAUCAGAACAUUACCAGUUUAUUUGUCAUAUAUACUUUUUUAAACCGUUGAUAAUAACAAAUACAUUUAUUGAAUUUAGCGAUAUUGGCGAUAUUAGCCAAAAAAUUGGCGCUUGUUCACACGUAUAUAUAUAAAAUUAAAUCGACUUAAGUUUGUAGAAACAAUUAAGCUUAAGCAAUUUGCAUUGGGACAACAUGAAGGAGUUAUGAGUGGAACCCAACAUUUUUUA